GGAAGACUAGAGUUCCUGUACAGCAUGCAGGCGUCGCCCCUCGCCAUCAGCACACUUCUCGACACGCCUGACCCAAACAAGCACGUCUGGCGUUCUGGACUGGACAUAGUACUGGAACAUGCUACGAUUAACGCUUUUUGUUCUUUUUACUGUCGGAAUAGAUCCGCUUGUUGGUCAAGAGUGCAGCUUACAACUGGUGCCACAAGUACCCACCAUCCAGGUUGCCAGGGGCAACAACGUCAGCAUCUUAUGUGACGCAAGUUGCUAUGGCCGACUCUCAACCAAUCGGCUAUCUUGGUACGACCGGUAUAACCAGCCAAUCGGGAUGUCUGGCAGGGUAUUUUCCGUACGGUACAACAGAGGGAUGUUCGCUCGGCUGAUCCUGCUCACUGUUGACUUCAGUGAAACCGGGCGCUACACAUGCGCAGGGCUGGUCGGCGCUGAUGUGGUGCAGAAACACAUCGACAUCAACGUGAUAGAGAGAGAUUUCGAAGUUGUUGAAUACGUCGACGCGGAAGAUGGACCUCGGAGGGGAGAUGUGCGGGUUGAUGAACCGUUCUUACCAAAACGUCGGCCCGCCAGAGAUGCCGACAAUCCAACAAACCAGACUACAAAGGUAUCGUACACUUCAGAGUUAACGACAACGAACUAUUCAGACAGUUCUGAGGUGGGAUCUGGAACUGCUACUGAUCCGCAACUGGCGAGUGAGACAGGAGGGGCAAGUACAACAUCUAGAAGUGACCCAUCAACAGCGACAUACUACUCGCCCGGAAGUACUAUCCCGUCACCCAGCGGUACCCCGGCACCCUCUUCAAAAGGUCGGACAACUGAUGACCAAUCAACAACGACAGAAACUACUACAGCUGAGCGUCCAAUAACCUCUUCAGAACCACUGCCCAGCCCUGAGAUACAAUCGACUGCAGCUACAGAUAUUCGAACAUCAGAAAUAACUACUGAAACCGGAAAAUUUGAAAAUGGUUAUAAGGGCAGACACAAGAGGGAUAAAACAGCCUUUGGGAAAUAUGGAGUUUUAGCAUUUGCUUUGGCUUUAAGUGUGGCGAUUCUUCUUUUGUACACACUCAUCCUACUGAAUGUCAUCAUUCCACGAUGCUGCAAGAACAAGCAGUCGGUCAGUUUCAGGGAAGCGCCAGACAGCAAACAUAAAGAAAAUGGACCUUCUGCAAUAGACGCUAUUGCCAUGAAACCUUUAGCGGUUGUACCCUGUCCAAACAGUCCAAAUGAUGGAUUUACGACAGUGGACUUGGAUGACAAAGAUGGUCCCAAACCUAACUCAAAUACACCCGGGCAAAAAGAAACAGAUGCACCAAUAUCACCAACGUCUGAUCCAGGGAGUCCAUCCAAAUAUGUAAGUACGUUCCUGAUUGGACGGAAGCCUUCAGAAAGCAGUCCCCUGGGAGUGUAUCUGCAUGAAGGCAAGCCAGUGGACUCGGAGACUGGCAACGAGGGGACCUCUGAUCCCACACCUGAAGUGAAAACAGGAGAAACCACAGUUUCAGAUGGAAAGGAGGCCGGAGGCGAGGCUGCCGGUAGGGCAGAUGUGGACACCAGUACUGAGGUUGACACCAGCACUGACACAAGAGACACAUCAGCCAGCAGCUCCGACAUAGGGGACCUGGGCGUAUCAGGUGCAAAGUCCUGAGCUUCUACGUGGAAGUAGUUAGUACUUUCAGCUUGCAGCUUUUGACAGCUCAUUUAGGGCUAUCUAAUUCUAUACUCACACGCAAAAGAAACGCAAGUCGAGUAUGCAGUAUACAUGUUUUCAACAGUAAAGACAAGAAUACUAAUAGGGCUAAUUUGACAAAAAUUUGACUGAAGACAGUUUAAUGGAUUAAAA